AUGGCAUGAUUGUGCACCAUCCGUUUGCAAGCCUUUUCCAACUCCCCCUUUCCAUCUCACCUCUCUCACUACACCUUUCCUUUCUCCUGAGAAAGCUUCAUGGUUGGCCCUUGAUAAACCCUUCAUCCAUGGCUGUUUCACUGAAUUCGUUCCUCUGCUUCAACCCCACCACAAAUUACCAGCAGGGGCGGAGAGAUAAUGCUGGGGUUCUGUUACUGAAGCUCCCGCCUCUCUCAGGACCAGUCGGAUUAAGGAAAUCUACUCGAGGGAAAAGAUCAAGGUCCUUCCUCGUAGCUGUUGGUGGUGAUAAUGUGGCCACAAAGACUAGCAACAAAGACACUAAAUCCUUUGAUGCAUCAGAUUCCAGUGGCGAGCCUUCAGACAAUGCCUCUGGUGUAAGCCCUUCAACAGAAAGUGGCAAAAGUGAAGAACAAAGCAGGGCAAUCAGUCCUGCAGAGGAGGGCAACCCAAACUCGAAUGUGAAAAGAGCUUCGUUGACAGCAAGGGAGAGGCUUAGGGCAGCAAGGGUACUGAGCCGCUACACAGACUCAAAGCCAUCAAAGCCCAUGCUCGGCAGCAGGCUACUGGAUGCUCUGCAACAAUCUGAUAAAGGGAAGAAGCGGCCAGGGCUCCCAGAAGCACCGACUAACAUGUUAGACGACAGCAAACGAGGGAUGCCCAAGGAGGGCUGGACGAUAGAACUCCCUGGCGGUAUGGAUGUCUUUUUCAUCAUAUUAUCUUUCGUGUUGAUUAGUACGGUGAUGUUUGCUACUACUUUCGUUGUGUGGAAAGUGGGAGCCAUCCAUUUCAACGAAUAUUAAGGGAGUUGGAGUUGUAUGGAUUGUGCACUCUUUGACAUUUUUCGUGUAUAAAAUGGAGGAAGGUCUCGUCUCGGUUCAGUCUCCACUGCUCUCCUUUUACUACUAUUUCGAAUGUUUUAGAACCGGAUCAGUGAGUGAAUCGGUAAAGUUAUUAGUUCACUGUUCAAUCGAAGUACUGUAGAAAAUAUAAAUAUACAUAGAGAGAUCUGAUCUGUUGUGUGCCAUUUACAUAAGCGUUUCUUAAUUUUCUCUCUUUACCA